CCUAGCAUUAAGACUGCAGAAAGGGGAGGGGAGAGGCUGGGCUAGUUUUCCCUUCAGACCCUCUCAGACUUUAAAGGAGUUGAGAGCUGAGCUCAGCUGGACUCUGUGAGUUUCUCUUAUCCACCUCUGAAAGUCUGACUUCACAACCCUACUGAGGUUUCCCCUUUAGAAACACAUUUCCACUGGUAUGUGUCAAGCGUAGAGAUGGAUCCUGAAGGUUCACGUAUCCAAGAUGAUCCAUACAUUCAGGUGAUGAUGGCCGGGUCGACUCUGAGGAAAGUCAAGUCCCGCUCCUGGAAGAAGAAUCGUUAUUUUCGCCUUCUGGAGGACGGCUUGACGAUCUGGUACAAGUCCAGAUGGGCGGGGAGAGGCCACUCCACCUUUUCGGUGACUGACUUGGAAGCGGUGCGUGAAGGACAUCAGUCUGAGGUCCUGCUAAGCAUUGCAGAGGAGUUCCCUGCUGAACUCUGCUUCACCUUGGUGUUUCACGGCCGCCAGGGAAAUCUGGACCUCGUGGCCGAGUCCCCAGAUGAGGCCCAGGCCUGGAUCCAGGGUGUGCGCAUGCUGAUUCACAAAGCUCAAACAAUGGAUGAGAAGGAGAGGCUGGACCAGUGGGUCUGGGACUGGUUUCAUAAAGCUGACAAAAACAAAGACGGGAAGAUGAACUUCAAAGAAGUGAAGAAGCUGCUGAAGAUGAUGAAUGUAGAGAUGAAUGAGGACCAUGCUCUUCAUCUCUUCACGGUAAGAGAAAGGAAUCAGCGAUUAGCCCCGAGCUCUGACUUCAGCUCCCUUAAAAGUCUCGUGAAGGACUCAGAGCUUUUCUCCAGCAUUUUUAGACCUGAGAUGUUGAUGGUGAAUUUAUUAUUAGCUGCUGCAGUGUUUGGGUCAAGGAAGGGAUUAGAAAUUAAUAUAUCAUAGGUAGGGGUGCAACGAUACUCGUAUCGAU